AUGGCGAAUAGGAACUUAGAAAAGAUGGCAUCCAUUGAUGCUCAGCUUCGGCUUUUGGUUCCAGCCAAAGUGAGUGAGGAUGACAAACUGGUUGAGUAUGAUGCUUUGCUCUUGGAUCGGUUCCUUGAUAUUCUUCAGGACUUACAUGGGGAGGAUCUGAAGGAAACGGUUCAAGAGGUGUAUGAGCUUUCUGCUGAGUACGAAGGAAAGCAUGACCCAAAUAAACUGGAAGAACUUGGAAAUUUGAUAACUAGUUUGGAUGCUGGAGAUUCCAUUGUCGUUGCCAAGUCCUUUUCCCACAUGCUUAACUUGGCCAACUUAGCUGAAGAGGUCCAAAUCGCGCACCGGCGAAGGAACAAGUUGAAGAAAGGUGAUUUUGCUGAUGAGAAUAGUGCCACAACUGAAUCAGACAUCGAAGAAACUCUCAAGAAACUUGUGGGGGAUAUGAAGAAGUCUCCUCAGGAGGUUUUUGAUGCACUGAAAAACCAGACUGUUGAUCUGGUUCUUACUGCUCAUCCGACUCAAUCAGUCCGAAGAUCUUUGCUUCAAAAGCAUGGAAGGAUAAGGAAUUGUUUAACUCAAUUGUAUGCCAAAGACAUCACUCCUGAUGAUAAGCAGGAACUUGAUGAGGCUCUACAGAGGGAGAUCCAAGCUGCAUUCCGUACCGAUGAAAUCAGGAGGACCCCUCCAACCCCGCAAGACGAGAUGAGAGCAGGGAUGAGUUACUUCCAUGAAACAAUUUGGAAGGGUGUACCUAAGUUUCUUCGUCGUGUUGAUACAGCUUUGAAGAAUAUAGGGAUUAAUGAACGUGUCCCUUAUAAUGCUCCUCUCAUUCAAUUCUCUUCUUGGAUGGGUGGAGAUCGUGAUGGCAAUCCAAGAGUAACUCCAGAAGUGACCAGAGAUGUUUGCUUAUUGGCUAGAAUGAUGGCUGCUACCUUGUACUAUUCCCAGAUAGAGGAUCUUAUGUUUGAACUGUCGAUGUGGCGGUGCAACGAUGAGCUACAGGUCCGUGCAGAUGAACUUAACAGGUCUUCCAAGAAAAAUGCAGUUGCAAAACACUACAUAGAAUUUUGGAAAGUGAUUCCUCCAAAUGAACCAUAUCGUGUGUUACUGGGUGAAGUAAGGAAUAGGCUUUACCAGACUCGGGAACGUUCUCGCCAUCUGCUAGCUAACGGCUACUCUGACAUUCCAGAGGAAGAAACCUUCACCAAUGUUGAGGAGUUCUUGGAACCCCUUGAACUCUGUUACAGAUCACUCUGUGCUUGUGGCGAUCGCGCAAUUGCUGAUGGAAGUCUGCUAGAUUUCUUGAGGCAAGUCUCAACUUUUGGACUCUCCCUUGUGAGGCUUGACAUUAGGCAAGAAUCUGACCGCCACACCGAUGUCUUAGACGCCAUCACCAAGCACUUGGAAAUAGGUUCAUACCAGGAAUGGUCAGAGGAAAAACGGCAGCAAUGGCUUUUAUCCGAAUUGAGUGGCAAACGACCCCUCUUUGGCCCUGAUCUUCCCCAAACUGAAGAAAUCAGAGACGUUUUGGAUACAUUCCACGUGAUAGCAGAGCUUCCCCCCGACAACUUUGGCGCAUACAUCAUCUCAAUGGCAACUGCACCAUCUGAUGUGCUUGCUGUUGAGCUUCUGCAGCGUGAGUGCCAUGUCAAAUGCCCGUUGAGAGUUGUGCCAUUGUUUGAGAAGCUGGCUGAUCUAGAAGCAGCGCCAGCCGCACUGGCACGUUUGUUCUCCAUUGACUGGUACAUAAACAGGAUCAAUGGGAAGCAAGAAGUGAUGAUAGGGUAUUCUGAUUCAGGCAAGGAUGCUGGAAGGUUUUCUGCAGCAUGGCAGCUAUAUAAGGCUCAGGAGGAGCUUAUAAAAGUGGCUAAAGAGUAUGGUGUGAAGCUAACUAUGUUCCAUGGUCGAGGAGGGACUGUUGGAAGAGGAGGUGGUCCAACUCAUCUUGCUAUUCUGUCUCAGCCUCCCGAUACAAUCCAUGGAUCACUGCGUGUGACUGUGCAAGGUGAAGUUAUUGAGCAAUCUUUUGGAGAGCAGCAUUUGUGCUUCAGAACACUUCAGAGGUUCACUGCAGCUACUCUAGAACAUGGAAUGCACCCUCCAAUCUCGCCUAAACCAGAAUGGAGGACUUUAAUGGAUGAGAUGGCUGUCAUUGCCACUGAGGAAUACCGGUCCAUUGUGUUCAAAGAGCCCCGGUUUGUUGAGUAUUUCCGCCUGGCUACACCUGAGUUGGAGUAUGGAAGGAUGAACAUAGGAAGUCGACCAGCAAAGAGGAGGCCAAGUGGAGGCAUUGAGACCUUGCGUGCUAUACCUUGGAUCUUUGCCUGGACCCAGACAAGGUUCCAUCUUCCAGUGUGGCUAGGCUUUGGGGCAGCAUUCAAACAUGUUAUUGAGAAGGAUGUGAGGAAUAUUCAUGUGCUUCAGGAGAUGUACAAUCAAUGGCCUUUCUUUAGGGUCACUAUUGAUUUAGUGGAAAUGGUGUUUGCCAAAGGAGACCCCGGAAUUGCUGCUCUGUACGACAGGCUCCUUGUUUCAGAGGAUCUGUGGUCAUUUGGGGAGCAGUUGAGGACCAAGUUUGAAGAAACCAAGGAACUCCUUCUUCAGGUGGCUGGCCACAAGGAUCUUCUUGAAGGAGAUCCACACUUGAAGCAAAGACUUCGCUUGCGUGAUUCUUAUAUCACCACCCUGAACGUGUGCCAAGCUUACACAUUGAAACGCAUCCGUGAUCCAAACUAUAACGUGAAGCUGCGCCCUCACAUCUCCAAAGACUAUAUAGAGAUAAGUAAACCUGCUGAUGAACUCAUAACACUCAACCCAACAAGUGAGUAUGCCCCUGGUUUGGAAGACACACUCAUUCUCACCAUGAAGGGUAUUGCUGCUGGCCUUCAAAACACUGGUUAA